UCGGUGGCUGGCUGCUGCCAUAUCUUCUGUAUAUAAAAACGUGCUUUAAUCAAUCGAGUCAAUCAUGGUUUGGGGAGGCAAUGACAACGCAGUACAGAAAUGGGUCAAGCAACUCAACGAAAAUGAUCCCAAAUUAACUACGCUCCACAUUCUUAGCAUGCGACGCCUCUCACAAGACGAUUUAAAAUCCAUUUUCGCUGCCUUGGCUCAUAACACCGCACUCAAAGUUCUCUACUGCUCCGGCCAUGCCCUUGAACAAGAAGCCAUGGAUCAGCUUAGUGAGGCACUGACCUUGAAUGAUACAUUGGAAACCCUUAACAUUGGCAACGCAGAACUCGGUCAACAUGACGAUUUAUUGCGCAUUUUCGGUGAAGGUCUUGCUGUCAAUGAAGGCUUGCACCAUCUCGAUCUCGAAAAUAAAGGUCUUAGUGAUGCUUCUCUCACAGCGCUCGCACCGGCACUGGCGAAAAACACGACUUUACGAUCGCUUAACUUGGCGCGUAACGAACUUAAAAAUGCUAUCGAGCCACUGGAUACCUUGCGGUGCCUGAACCUGGCCGGCAACAAGAUUGACGCAGCUGGAGCGCGUACGCUUGCUACGCGUCUUGCUCAACUGGAAGAGCUUGAUGUGUCCAACAAUCCACUCAUGGAAGGCGCUGGCGCUCUAACAGCAGCUUUGGCAAACAACACGGCUCUCAAAUCACUCAAGCUUAUGGGCGUCACUGCAUUAAACAGCGAUAAUGAAGAAGAGGAUACUGCCGAUUCUAUUCAUGGCAAUGCCCUGAUGCAAAAUUUGGCCGAAGCACUCAAGAUCAACCGCAGGUUGUCCCGGGUAUGGCUCGACAGAAACGGAAUCGAAUCGCAAGCCUUGGAAAGCCUAAGCACCACGCUUGCACCAUCUGGUUUGACCGAACUUCGGUUAAGAAAUAACAGAGUGGAUGAUCAAGGUGCGAAAUGGCUCGCCCAAGCAAGUGCCCACGAUCGUCGCGUUCAUUUGGAUUUGGGUGGCAAUGCUAUUGGUUACGAAGGAUUUGAACUACUACCAGAAUUAAAGACAAGCGCUGUGGAAUCACUGGAUGUAGGAUGCAAUGGAAUCACAGUCGACGACCUUGAAGCCAUUGUGACCGUGCUGUUGCAGGAGGGUGUACCACAGCUCCGAUUACUUGAAAUGGGCGGUAACGCAAAAGAGGAAGAGACGGAGGCAUGGGAAGCAGCAAUUACCCGUUUACAGGCUGAACGUGAAGAAUUGGAAGUUGCUUGGAAGCGCUUCAUGCAGGAACAGCAAUAGACCGUAACAUUAGUCCCACCGUAGGUCUUUAUCGAUAGUCAAAAAGUGGAAUGGUGGCGCUCCGUAUCAUUCCGGCAAACAUCACCAUCUCAGAUACAGUUGCUUUCAACAAACUUUACCAUGCUUUCUGUAUGGCACUAUAUAUCAGCCAGCCGCUUUGUUUUGGAAAACAUCAUCUUUUCUUACACUUUUCCUCUGGUCUGGCACUACUCAACCAUUGCCGCCGAUCACCCUUAUAUUUUCAU